GCGGGCCCGGUUUCCUGCUUCCGAGGCUUUAAAAGAGCUGCUUCCGGCGCCGGCGCCCGGCCUUGGUUUUCCUCCUUGGUGGCUCGCGCUGCUGCGGCCGAAAAACCCGCGAUGAGUCUCCCAGGGUUGAGCCUGAAAAAAUCUUCGGCUUUCGCCAAAGCCCUGAAAGCUGAACCCCGCUACUUGUUGGCCCAGAAUGUGGCCACGUGCGCAGACCCCCUGGAGGUGUGCCUGGAGCGGGCCGUGGUGCAGGACACGCUGCAGGUCUUCCAGCACGUGGUACCUGCUGAAGGGAAGCCCAUCACCAAUCAGAAGAACUCAGGACGCUGCUGGAUCUUCUCCUGCCUGAACGUGAUGCGCCUCCCCUUCAUGAAGAAGUUCAACACAGAGGAGUUCGAGUUCAGCCAGUCGUACCUCUUCUUCUGGGACAAGGUUGAACGCUGUUACUACUUCUUGCAUGCAUAUGUGGAAACGGCUCAGAAGAAGGAGCCCGUGGACGGGAGGCUGGUGCAGUUCCUGCUCUGCAAUCCCUGCAAUGACGGCGGGCAGUGGGACAUGCUUGUCAACCUCAUUGAAAAAUACGGCGUAGUCCCCAAGAAGGUUUUCCCUGAAUCACACACCACGGAGGCCUCCAGACGAAUGAAUGACAUUCUGAACCACAAGAUGCGAGAGUAUUGCCUCCGGCUGAGGAAUAUGGUAGAGACUGGAUGCAACAAGGACGAGCUCUCUGCCGCCGUGGACACCAUGAUAGAGGAGGUGUUCAGAAUAGUGACCAUCUGCCUGGGGAGCCCUCCGGACUCCUUCUGCUGGGAGUUCUACGAUAAGGAGAAGGCCUACCACAAGAUUGGGCCAAUCUCGCCCCUGCAGUUCUACAAGGAGCACGUCAAGCCCAUCUUCGACAUGGAAAGCAAGGUUUGCCUGGUGAAUGACCCUCGGCCCCAGAACCAAUACAACCAGCUUUACACGGUGGAGUACCUGAGUAACAUGGUGGGGGGCAGGAAGACUCUUUACAACAACCAGCCCGUCCAGCUCCUGAAAAAACUGGCAGCCGCUUCUAUUCGGGAUGGAGAGGCCGUGUGGUUUGGUUGUGACGUUGGGAAGCACUUCAACAGCAAACUGGGCAUCAAUGACAUGAAUAUAUUUAACCACAACCUGGUGUUUGGCGUGUCAGUCAAGAACAUGAACAAGGACGAGCGGCUGAUCUAUGGGGAUUCGCUGAUGACCCACGCCAUGGUCAUUACUGCCUUCACUGAGAAGCCAGAGCAAGAGGGUUGCUUUGAAAAAUGGCGCGUGGAGAACUCAUGGGGCGAAGAUCGCGGGAAUAAAGGUUACCUUAUCAUGACUGACGACUGGUUCUCUGAGUACGUCUAUGAAGUGGUGGUGGACAAGAAGCAUGUGCCAGAGGACAUCUUAGCCGUGAUGAACCAGGAGCCUGUUGUCUUGCCUGCAUGGGACCCCAUGGGCGCUCUGGCUAAGUGAACUGUUCUCUGUGUGUGUGUGUUGAGGGGGCUCUCUGCCGCCUUCUUCUGGUCAACCUUGAAGCAAGCAUGUGGGGGGGGGAGAAUCUGGAGGGCCAGGAGCCAACGCCAAGUGGCCCCAUGACCAAACUCCCACUUGAGGUGCCAGUCUUGAAGAGCGGUGCCCUGUGGAUUUUCAGAGGAAACAGUGCUUUUCUGUGGAUGGGGCUACUCUGCAGCCUUUGCGUCGACGUGUGUGCUUUUCAUCGUAGUAUAAUCCUUUUUUCUUUUCUUUCUUUU